CGCGACACAGCCUGUCGCCAUCACGAACCCUCUGCGAAGCUGCUAAGUUGGAUUUGAAUAUAACACCCAAGUCGACGCGCUCUGUCCGCCACCCCUACCAGUAACGACCAUUGUCCCUAAUGAGCGAACGGGCCGCCAUACUCCAUCGAUCCUUCUUCCGCUAUCGCUAGCCUUACAUCCUCUGUUUACGAAGCGAUGCGACUCUUACACUGGACAAGUGGCGACAAGCUUGCCUUAACAGAGGACUUGAUCGGUGACGAUAAGAUCCCGCCCUACGCGAUACUCUCUCAUACCUGGAACGAGGGUCAAGAAGUAAUCUUCGACGAUCUAGUGAAGAACAGCGGAGAGAGUAAGACAGGAUACGACAAGAUCCGCUUUUGCGCAUCCCAAGCCAAGCGUGAUGGUCUGGGCUAUUUCUGGAUAGACACGUGCUGCAUCAACAAGGCGAACCAUGCAGAACUUUCGGAAGCGAUCAUUUCUAUGUUUCGCUGGUAUAAGAACGCAGAAAAGUGCUACGUGUAUCUUUCUGAUGUUUCUAGCAGAUCUUCUGGAGAAAGCAGCGAUGCGCACAGGAAGCGGAAACCUGUAAUUAGGAAGAGCAGGUGGUUCACGAGAGGGUGGACACUUCAAGAGCUGAUCGCUCCAGCAUCCGUUGAGUUCUUCUCUAAGGAGGGAGAGCGGCUUGGUGAUAAAGUGUCUCUGAUAGAGACACUUUAUGAGAUCACUGGAAUCGAUGUACAAGCGCUUAGAGGCAGUCCGGUGACAAGCUUUACUGUGGACGAACGGAUGCGGUGGGCACAAGGACGCAAUACGAAGCGUGAGGAAGACGCAGCUUACUGUCUUCUGGGUAUCUUCGAUGUUCAGAUGCCGCUUCUGUACGGAGAGGGGCGGGAGAAGGCUUGGCAGCGGUUGCGGCGAGAGAUUCGAGAGCACCUCUCGAUUAACUUGCCUGUUGCAACAGGUGCUUCUUUCAACUCCCAUAGCGAGGAACACAACGCACGAUGCCUGCCAAAUACCCGCACUGAGCUACUGGACUCGAUUGUAAUGUGGGCGAACAACAAGGCUAGCAAACCUAUAUUCUGGCUGAGUGGGAUGGCUGGCACAGGGAAGUCUACGAUUGCACGGACAGUCGCUGGGUCGUUUGUUAGCUGCAGUCAGCUAGGAGCAAGCUUCUUUUUUAAGAGAGGUGAAGGCGAGCGCGGCAACGCUUCACGCUUCUUUACCACCAUCGCCACUGAUCUAGCCGCCUGCGAGCCGGGCAUGCUAGUCGGGAUUAAGAAGGCGCUUGAUGAGGACUCGGCUAUCUCACAGCGAGCUCUAAAGGACCAGUUUGAGAAACUAAUCCUACAACCACUCCUAGGCAUACAACAGGCUCGUUCGCAGGGCUCGGCGCGUGUUAUCGUGAUAGACGCGCUAGACGAGUGUGAGCAGGAAGCAGACAUUCGGGCGAUCCUCAAAUUGCUUGCUCAAACAAAAGACAUCCGCCCAGUGCCGCUGCGGAUCGUGGUGACUAGCCGGCCAGAGCUCCACAUCCGCCUAGGCUUUAGGGAGAUGCCAAACGGCACGUACCAAGACCUCGUUCUCCACGAAGUACUAAGGAACACAAUUAAACACGACAUCCGUCUAUUCCUAGAGCAUGAGCUCGGUGUGAUACGAAAAGAACGCAAGUUGGCUCCAGACUGGCCAGCGCAACAACAGAUCCUUGCGCUGGUUGAGCUCGCUGUGCCGCUGUUCAUCUAUGCUGCCACAGUGUGUCGGUAUAUUGGCAGUAAAGGAGGCGACCCUGAAGUGUACCUGAAUAAGGUCUUGCAGUAUCCAAAAACAGCUUUUUCACAGCUCGACCAAACCUACCUUCCCGUCCUGGACCAGUUGCUUGAUGAUCAGGAAGAAAGAGAUAGAGAAGACUGGCUGCGUGUCUUUCGUGAACUCUUAGGUAGCAUAGUCAUCUUAGCGAGCCCACUUCCUGUCGGCCCCCUUGCGCGCCUUCUCCAAGUUCCGAUGAAACAAGUCGAAUGUCGAUUAGAUGCCUUACACUCCGUUCUUAGUAUUCCUGACAGGGAGGAUAUUCCUGACAGGGAGGAUAUUCCUAUCAGGCCACUGCACCUAUCCUUUCGCGAGUUCCUCCUCGACCCCCAAAAGCAAGGAAAGAACCUAUUCUGGGUAGAUGAGAAAAGGACGCACCAGAAGCUUGCAUCUCGCUGCCUUGAGCUUAUGUCUAGAUCUAGCGGUCUUCAUCAGGACAUGUGUGGCCUCCCAGGCUCUGGAGUGCUGAGGAGCGAGAUAGAUGAGCAGACAGUUGCUACUAGCCUGCCACCUGAUCUACAAUAUGCGUGUCGCUACUGGGUUGACCAUCUCAAGCAGAGUAGGCACGGCAUCGUUAACGGAGACGCGACGCACCUCUUUCUACAGAAGCACCUUCUUCAUUGGCUUGAAGCUAUGAGUCUUGUAAGAGAAUCGAGCAGAUGCGUUAACUUACUAGAUAGCCUUCAGGCACUUACUAGCCCAUCGGCAAAGCUAGUUUUAGGCUUUCUUCACGACGCUAAGCGAUUUGUGCUGCGGUUCCAGUCUCUUCUUAUAGAUGCGCCGCUGCAGGUUUAUUACUCUGCACUAGUAUUUGCGCCAGAGAGGAGUCUAAUACGGCAAACAUUUGUAGAUCAAGUGGCAGAAAAGGUUAAGAUGCUGUCUAUGCGAGAAGCAGACUGGGACGCAUGCCGCAGCACGCUCGAAGGUCAUUCCUCCUAUGUCAGCGCGAUAGCCUUCUCGCCAGACGGGCAGCUGGUCGCGUCGGCAUCUGACGACAACACAGUACGGCUGUGGGAGGCGGCGACAGGGACGUGUCGCAGCACGCUCGAGGGCCAUUCCGACUAUGUCAGCGCGAUAGCCUUCUCACCAGACGGGCAGCUGGUCGCCACGCUCGAGGGCCAUUCCGACUAUGUCAGCGCGAUAGCCUUCUCGCCAGAUAGGCAGCUGGUCGCGUCGGCAUCUGGGGAUAAGACAGUACGGCUGUGGGAGGCGGCGACAGGGAAGUGUCGCAGCACGCUCGAGGGCCAUUCCAGGGAGGUCACCGCGGUGGCCUUCUCGCCAGACGGGCAGCUAGUCGCGUCGGCAUCUGGGGAUAAGACAGUACGGCUGUGGGAGGCGGCGACAGGGACGUGUCGCGGCACGCUCGAGGGCCAUUCCGACUAUGUCAGCGCGAUAGCCUUUUCGCCAGACGGGCAGCUAGUCGCAUCGGCAUCUUGGGACAAGACAGUACGGCUGUGGGAGGCGGCGACAGGGACGUGUCUUAGCACGCUAGAUAGCCCUUCCGAGUACAUUUCGUAUAUCGGUUUCUCGCUAGAUAGCCAGGUACUUCACACGAGCCGAGGUGAUAUUGCUUUGCCUCAAGCCCAAGUUGGCACAUCGCUCUUGAGGCAGAGGCCGCAGUCCUCGUACGUUCUGGUACAGAACCAGUGGAUAUUGCACAAUCAGCAGCGCUUCCUCUGGCUUCCACCAGAGUAUCGAUCAAACUCAACCACAGUACACGAGGAAGUAGCUUGUCUGGGGCUUAUAUCUGGCCGUGUAGUUUUGCUUAGGAUUCUCUAG